CUUGGCCUAGAAGGGCGCAGGGAGCUGAAGGUAACCGAGUGGCAGCGAUCGAGUCCCGGCGAAGUCUGUCGCGGAGUCACCGUGAAAAACACCAACAGCCACAAAAUGCCGAAUAAAACUAAAAAGGAAAAGGAGCCAACCAAAUCUGCCAAAAGUAGCACUAAAAACAGUAAUGCCACUAGUGGGAAAGACACAGGAACUGAAAAUGCAGAUGAGGCGCAGCAGCAGCAAACUGCCAGCAAGCGUCCCAGCAACAGCACCCCACCACCCACUCAGCUCAACAAGAUCAAAUACUCUGGCGGUCCCCAGAUCGUCAAGAAGGAGCGUCGCCAGAGUUCGUCACGAUUCAACCUCGCCAAGAACAGAGAGCUGCAGAAGCUUCCUGCCCUCAAAGAUGCGCCCCUUAUUGACCGGGAGGAGCUGUUUGUGCAGAAGCUGCGGCAGUGCUGCGUGCUCUUUGACUUUGUCACGGACCCUCUGAGCGACCUGAAGUACAAGGAGGUGAAGCGUGCUGGCCUGAAUGAGAUGGUGGAGUACAUCACGCACAACCGCGAUGUGGUCACCGAGUCCAUCUACCCAGAGGGUGUGAUCAUGUUUUCAAUCAACUUGUUCAGGACCCUACCACCAUCCUCCAACCCCACAGGGGCUGAGUUUGACCCAGAGGAGGACGAGCCCACACUGGAGGCUGCCUGGCCACACUUACAGCUGGUGUAUGAAUUCUUCUUACGAUUCCUGGAGUCCCCUGAUUUCCAGCCUAAUGUCGCUAAAAAAUACAUUGACCAAAAGUUUGUACUGUCUCUCCUGGAGCUGUUCGACAGUGAAGACCCCAGGGAGCGGGACUUCCUGAAGACCAUCCUCCACAGGAUCUACGGCAAGUUCCUGGGCCUCCGGGCCUACAUCCGCAGACAGAUCAACAACAUAUUCUACAGGUUUAUAUAUGAAACGGAGCAUCACAAUGGAAUCGCAGAGCUCUUAGAAAUCUUAGGAAGCAUAAUCAACGGCUUUGCCCUGCCAUUGAAAGAGGAGCACAAAAUGUUCCUGAUCCGAGGGCUGCUGCCGCUUCACAAAGUGAAGUCACUCAGCGUCUACCACCCCCAGCUGGCAUAUUGCGUUGUGCAGUUCUUGGAAAAGGACAGCAGUCUAACUGAACCGGUGAUCAUGGGCCUGCUGAAGUUCUGGCCUAAGACCCACAGCCCCAAAGAGGUGAUGUUCCUCAACGAGCUGGAGGAGAUCCUGGACGUCAUCGAGCCCUCUGAGUUCGUCAAGAUCAUGGAGCCGCUGUUCAGACAGCUGGCCAAGUGUGUGUCCAGUCCACACUUCCAGGUGGCAGAGAGGGCGCUGUACUACUGGAACAACGAGUACAUUAUGAGCCUGAUCAGCGACAACGCAGCCAAGAUCCUCCCCAUCAUGUUCCCUGCUCUCUACAAGAACUCCAAGAGCCACUGGAACAAGACAAUCCAUGGGCUGAUCUACAACGCCCUGAAGCUCUUCAUGGAGAUGAACCAGAAGCUGUUUGAUGACUGCACCCAGCAGUACAAGGCUGAAAAACAGAAAGAGAAGUGCAAGCUGAAGGAGCGUGAGGAGGUCUGGCAAAAGAUAGAGGAGCUGGCCAAGCAUAACCCACAGGUUGCCAACCUCCGACCUGGUCUCCACCCACAAGAAGAGUACAUGAUGUACAAUGAGAGUCCGGGAGGGGUGCCCUUGUACUCCAUGGAGACGGAGACGCCAACUGCUGAGGACAUUCAGCUGCUGAAGAAGACUGUCGAGACAGAGGCCACACAGGUACAACUACCAGCACACUCACAGGGGAUGAGGGACAUCAAGAAAGACAAGGUGAUGAUCCGGAGGAAGUCGGAGCUGCCGCAGGACGUGUACACUAUAAAAGCCCUGGAGCAGCACAAGAGAGCGGAGGAGUACCUGACGGCCAACGAGGAGGCCCUCUGACCAGGGAGCAGUGGCACCCCCUGCACCUAACCCCCCCCCCCGUGUCGCAUCCAACCAGUCACCUGCUUUACGCCCCCCCCUUCUCCUCCGCUUCUCCUCCCCCUCCACUCCUUCAUCUCUGCCGGAGAUCCCCAUCUGCAGAAAACCAGGGCCAUCACAGAGACGGACAAGUACACACAUAUGCGCACAUAUAGGAACAUACAGACCUACAAUAGUUCCAGCUUGCACAGAAAUGCAUACAUACUUAACUACAGUGGGCCGAUCAUUAGGUUGCACAAGAACAACAAUAACACAACAGUAGUAUUAAGUGUAAGCAUCCGUGAAGCAUGUUUCUUUGUUUCCUUUUUGGAACCCAGCAUUACCUAUAGAGGGCAGUAGAUUGUGAUUGAUUCUCUUGCUAGCUUGCCUGGAGUGAGAGGGUGUGGGUAAUCUGAAUGGUUUGGUGGAUGAUGAGGCCAUGCUUUGUCUAGCUGGAAGUCUAGUGAAAGUAGUGGUUCUGCUCUGUAAAAAAAACCUAGCUGUCAGGUCAUGCCCAGGCAACAUAGUAAAUGUUGAGGAAGCAAAGUCUGUGACACAAAGCUUACAAUACAAUUUAGUAGUGCUGAGCUAUUAACCAAAAUGUUUUUUAAACAACUAAUUGACCGAUAUCGGUUCUAUUAUUUGAAUUCCAUUUCUUUCGAUUUUUUUCUGUAAGCUCAGUGUGUAGUUUUUCUAGAGAAAUCAGAUCAAGCCCAGACUGUACGAUAUGGUAGGGAGUUGUAGUUGCCAACAGGCCAGUAUUCUACAUAGUUUAGCGUGGAAAAUGUGGUAAUUACCUACAAUGACCAUAAUUCACUGAAAAUACAUGAUCUAAGUAAUUGAUAGUUGGUAUUCAGCAGUCAUAAAAGUAUGCCUUAUUUACUUUGAAGAACUAUUAAAGUAUUAAUUUUGUCAGACAGCAUAGCUCUAUAGGGAUGAGAUUAUGACUUAGAAUGAAAUAAUAAAGUAAUCGAAUAAAACAUAUGUAAUAUACACAACUGAAUAUUUUAUUAAAGUAAUGUGAAUAAAUGAUGGUUAAUAAGUGAUAAGCAGCACUGGGCAGUCAUUGCCAUCAUGGGACUUUUAUUAAUGAUUUUUAUUGUGUUACAGCAUUCAACAAACUAGUUCUGAGGAUUAGUGCUUUUUGAAUUUCGGUUUCGAUUAUUUCUUUAAAUAUUAAAUUAAUUAUGAAAUAAUUACAUUGCAAUGAUUUUAGAGCUUUUUGAUGGAAAUUCCAAACAUUAAAUUGCCAAAACAUUGAAAAUAUUCCAGUGUCUCGACAUCAAUAAAGAAUAGGACAUUUCUAUGAAAUAAUAAAAUAUUUCAGUUUGUAUUUGAUUACUUUAUUAUUUUUCAUUCCUUAGAGUCAUCAUUUCAUCUCUGCUCAGGCAGUAGCAGCCAGCCAGCCAGGCCAUCUAGUGUUAUCUAUGUGCUCCCCAUAACUGUACUCUCUUCAGUCAUCUUAUUUAGCUAGCCUGCCUAAAGUAUGCUUCAGAGCUGACUGGCAAAAUAUUUUUUUUUACUAGUUCUUCAAAGUAGAUAAGGCAUACUUUCACGAACUGUCUCUGUCCCUCUCAUUGUUUUGUUCUGUACAUUCCUCUCUCUUAAAAGUGUAUCUGUAAAAGUGUAUCCGUCCAGAGAUCUGUAUAUAAUGACGAGAUGUUCAUGUCGCCACCCUAACAAUGUCAUUGUCCCAAAGGCGGGAAAGCAAGACGACAAGCGUUGGUUCAAAAUAUUGGGCAGAUUUUGGCGAAAGUGAAACCUUUCAUUCCGCCUCUUCCUCUCUGAUCCGUCUCUGUCCGAGCUGGGGGAAAAACAGGUGCAAUGGAUUGUGGUUAUUGUAGUUAAUUACCACGUUUCUGCAAUGAACUAGGUUGAACAUUUGCUUAAGGAAAACUACAACUCCCUUCAUCCCAGCGCCCCACAUAGUUCUUGACUUGAGUUCUCGUGAAUGAUUUGAUUUCCCACUAGAGAAACGGUGCGUUGGGCUCACAAAGAACUGUAAUUGAACUGAUGCUGGUCAAUUAGUUGAUUAAUAACCGGAGAGAAAAAAAUGAAAUGUUGGUUAAUCGCUCAGCACAACAACCCACAUGAUGUAUAAGAGCAUUUAAACCGUGAUUAUUUUUUCAUAACCAAACCAACCUCAAAAAGCACUAAUCGUUCAGCACUACAACUUAGACAAGGCAAUUAAAUAAAAUGAGAGAGCACUAGGAAUCAAGAUGGCUGACUUUAUCUUAAUUUAAUUAUUUACUCUAUGUCAGUCUCUUCCAUGAGACUGUUUUGCUCACGUUUUAGUACUGUAAUUGUAUCUUCGUCACCUCUUUGCAGAGUAAAAUCAUGGCCUUACACCGUCUAUUGAAUUGCAUUUUCCCUGUUGAUUAGUCAUAUGCUAAUAACAUGAUUGUAAUCCUGAUGAUUGGUUUAUUUCAGAAUCCAUGAAAAAACAAUAACUUAGUUCAGACCUAGCUGCUCACAUGAAUUGUGUAGGUUUGUGUUUUUGUUUUGAUCUGUUUUUGACAGCGUUUUGUAGUUCACAAAACUGGCUUUUGAAAAGCACUUAAAGAUAAAAAAACGUGAUAUAUUAGCAAUUGUCCGUACAAGAGAAUGAGUUGACAAAUGUCUCAACUUAGAACUGUAAAAUGUUUCUUGUAUUUUUUAUAAUUAGAGGUGUAGCUCAAAAACGAAUCAUGUCACUGUGUCAAAAAGAAACCUCCGAAAAUAAUUCCGUUAGAUAGAAUGUCAGGUUAAUAUUGUCCUCAAGAGGUUGGUCUUUAGGAAAAGCAACCAUUAACUGGUGCAGAAUUAGUCCAUCAUUUUCUCCGUUUUCUCAAAGAUAACCUUCUUGCUCUGUCUACAGACUCUUGACUGCCAUGAUUGUUAUCCCAACUCAUCCAUUCCUUCCGUCAAAUUCAUGUUAAUAUGUUUAUUAAUGUUUCUGGCCCAAUGGUUAAUGUCGCCUCAGCCUCUAAUUAUUCCUCUCUAGCCUUCUUCUUGCCUUUCUUUUUAAAUUUUUUUUUUUUUUGUGGAUUUAUACUGAACAAAAAUAUAAACGGAACGUGUAACAUUUUCAAAGAUUUUACUGAAUUACAGUUCAUAUAAGGAAAUAAAUAAAUAAAUUCAUUAGGCCCACUAAUCUAUGGAUUUCACAUGACUGGGAAUACUGGGAAUCUAUUAGUCACAGAUACCUUUAAAAAAUGUAGGGGCGUGGAUCAGAAAGGUGAUGGCAGCGGUUGAAUGGCACGACAAUGAGCCUCACGAUCUAUUCACAGUAUCUCUGUGCAUUCAAAUUAACACCGAUAAAAUGCAAUUGUGUUCAUUGUCCGUAGCUUAUGCCUGCCCAUACCUUAACCCCACCGCUACCAUUGGGCACUCUGUUCACAACGUUGACAUCAGCAAACCGCUCACCCACACGAUGCCAUACACGUGGUCUGCGGUUGUGAGGCCGGUUGGAUGUACUGCCAAAUUCUCUAAAAUGACUUUGGAGGCAGCUUAUGGUAGAGAAAUGAACAUGGACUUCUCCGGCAACAGCUCUGGUGAACAUUCCUGCUGUCAGCAUGCCAAUUGCACGCUCCCUCAACUUAAGACAUCUGUGACAGUAUGUGACAAAACUGCACAUUUUAGUGGCCUUUUAUUGUCCCCAGCACAAGGUGAACCUGUGUAAUAGUCUUGCUGUUUAAUCAGCUUCUUGAUAUGCCACACCUUUCAGGUGGAUGGAUUAUCUUGGCAAAGGAGAAUGCUCACUAACAGAUAUGUAAACAAAUUUGUGCACAAAAUUUGAGAGAAAUACGAUUUUUGUUACUAUGAAACAUUUCUGGGAAUUUUUAUUUCAGCGCAUGAAACAUGACUAACACUUUACACGUUGCAUUUAUAUUUUUGAUCAGUGUAUGUUUCUUGAAAAUGCUCCUCUGUUGAGUCAGCCUCAUUGUAGAAAGGUAAGGGGUUUCAGUUCAAGUGCAGGGAAUCUCUACGAAAUAUCCUAUUUCGUUUUCUCUUCCUCCAAACCGGCUUGAUUCAAUAGGUCUGUCGUAGAUUGUGUUCUAUUGUUUCUUUCAAGCACUCAAGCAAAGUGCACUUCCAUACACAAUUCAUCCUCCUUAAAGGACUAUCUACAGAUGAGAAAACACAUAAUUAUGUUGGAAAAAGGAAAGCCUGCGGUUACCGUUCCAAAUAUUUGUGUUACGGUUUAUUGUAAUGUAUAUUGCUUAGGGUUGCAACCCCUUGUCCUGUAGGUUUAUCCCAAUUACCCCCCUGUUUUUUACCACUUGCUGUACGAUGUCAUAAUUUCUUUGUAAGGGUCUCUUCUAUUGUUUGAGCUUCCUGUCAAUCACUCCAACAGUGGGGAACAACUCCCUCUAUGGCUGCUGGGCAAAGUGACUCGUCAUCUCACCCAGGCAAUCUCUUGAACUGCAUUGUUGGUUAAGGGCUUGUUAGUAAGCAUUUCACAGUGAAGUCUACACCUGAUGUAUUCCGCGCAUGUGACAAAUAAAAUUUGAUUUCCUUAGUGAAAAGUUGGCUGCCAAUGUUUCCUCCCCGACAGUAAUAAUGUUAGAGCAGUCUUAAUCCAAGCUAUCUGGAGCUGUUUAUUAUAUAAUCUCAAUUUCCUUACACUUAAAUAAAUGUAUCUUGUACUGUGUUCAGUUUUCAAAGUAGCGAUAACCUCUACACUCACCCUGCGUGGAACAAAUCUCAUCGGCUCAGAUAGCAGACAAGAUUUGGCAAAUCCAAAGAACCAUUAAAUUGUAUUUUUCUGGUGAGGUUUGAAAAAGUUAGCUGUGCAUGAGAUGUUUCUAUAUCAUUUAAAAUAUUAGUUCAUGAUAAUAGAAUGAAUGUAACUGUUCUCUUACCUGACUGAACAAGGCACAUACAUUCCUACUGACCAUGCUUCCAAAAGGUACCUGUUGAGACAUUCCAGACUCGCUAAGAGGUAGCAUUGUUACUGUACACUAAAUGCCAUUGCUGGGUGUCAAGUGAUGACAUGGAACUGUGCUUAGUUUGUCCAGCAGCCACACGAACUGAAGAUUACAUUUUGAAACAAAGGGUCUUGCCUUCUCCACUCUGUCCAGUUCUGACACUAAUCUUAAAUUGCCUUCCAGGUCAUAUGUACAUAGGUUGUACUUUAAUUAGUUAGAGCAUUACAUAGUAUGAAAAUCAUUUUGUACAGAUGUUCAUGUAUGUACAGAACAAAAGAAAAAGGCAAAAAAUAAAGUGGACAUGUUUGACAUCCA